AUGAAGGCUCUGGUCGUAACGCCGCAAAAUAAGCUUGUUUCCAUCCAAGACAUACCAACCCCAGAACCAGGUCCAUCAGAGAUCUUGAUUCGGGUCAGCACUGUUGCCUUAAACCGAGUUGACUGGCUGUAUACGGCGAACCCUGUCGCUGCUCAGGAUCGCCGUGUAGUUGGGAGUGACUUUGCGGGUGUGAUCACGAAAGUCGGCACAGAUGUCGAGAAACUAGAUGAUCCCCGUACCCAAGUCGGCACGCGUGUUGCAGGUUUUGUUCAAGGCGCCUGUUCUGUCAACGAGCGACCAGGUGCAUUUGCGCAAUACGUCUGCGUUGAAUGGGAUCUGGCGUGGCAUGUUCCUGAAUGCAUGACCCUCGAAGAAGCCGCUAGCGUCAGCAUGUGCGGCCUCACUGCAGCUCAAGGAGUCUUCAGCAGGCUUCAAAUUCCGUGUCCCUUUGCUGAGACAGAAGGCUUCGGUAGGCUCGGGCUGAGACCUGGGGACGAAGUCAAUUUUCUCAUUUACGGAGCGACCGCGUCUCUGGGCCUUUUUGCGGCACAGAUGGUCCGAUUGAGCGAGCAGUUCUCAGGCACAAAGAUCCGUCUCAUUGGGGUGGCCAGCGCAUCCAAGCACGACUUGCUGCGAGAGAAACCCUACAAAUUCGAUGUUCUGGUUGACUACCACGACACUGAUUGGCCCGAGCAAGUCCGAAAAUUGACGGAAGCAUCCGGAGGUGUUCAUUACGCCAUCGAUGCCGUCUCUGUUUCGCCGACUGUCGAGCAAGUCGAUUCGAUUCUGGCUUCUGACGGCCGUUUUGCAGUCUAUCGAAGUCCGGCUCUCGGGAAGUUCGACAUCAACAAGCUGCAGCACAAUCCCAUGAUUGGUGCUGUGUGGGAGGGUUUGGGCGUGGAGAUUGGUUAUCAAGGUGCCAGCAUUCCCGCAAACCCAGAAGCACGUAGAUUUGCUGCUGAGUUUUUCGCGUAUCUUGGUUCGGAAGCCUCGCAAGGAAAAGCGAAGUUGGCAGGAAACCCAAUCCGCCAGAUGCCUGGUGGCCUCGACAAGAUUGCUGAUGGUCUUGCGCUCGUAUCCCCAAACAAGAUACCUGGGGUUCGCCCGAUCAGUGCGGAAAAGGCUGUCUACACUAUUGUGUAA